AUGAUCCAGCCACAACCUGAAGUGAGGGUCUUAUGCAAACCCCCCAAUCAGGAGGAGCCUGGUAGCGCCUUUUCUGACGAAUGCAUUUUGUUCAAAGGCGUCAGCUUUCGUGAACUGCAGCUGUCUUCGUCAGAGGCCCGGAGAGCCUCAGUGGAACACGUCGGACGAACCCCCGCCGCCGCCGGGUCCAACCUGGAGCCGGGGGAAGCUGCCGAAGAUGAGCCGUGGGGCUUCGGCGGUUUAGCAGAGCCCCCCCUUACUCCGGAGGGAGCGGGGAGCCCGGAAGACCUGGACCCAGAGGAUCCUCUCUGCGCAAUUCCGGGGACUCUCCGAGGGGCAGCGGGCUUGUUCCUGGACCUUGCGGCGACUCAGGAGGAGGAUCGCUACGCGGCCGCGGGGCUCUUUCUGGAUUGUCCUUGGGCGGAUGCGAUGGACCACACCGGCGCUCAGACCGGCCGGGGUCCCCCCUUGUUGAGGCCUUUACCGGCGGCUCCCCCAGGGGCCUUUGUUCCUUCUCUCUGUUCUUCCAACGAGGUCGCCCCCCACUUACAGUUGGGGCAGGCCCAACCCCUGGAGGAAGAGCUCCCUGGCUUUCUGGAAGAUGCCCCCCAGCUCCGAACGGUCUUCAGCGCCCUGGACCAGGACGAUGAUGGGUUUGUCCGAAUAGAGGAGUUUGUGCAGUUUGCCACCGACUAUGGAGCAGAACAGGUGAAGGAUUUGAUCAAGUUUUUGGACCCUACCGGGCUUGGUGUGAUCAGCUUUGAAGACUUCAGUCGAGGGAUUUCUGCAAUCAGAAAUGGAGAUCCAGACAGUCAGCUUUGCCCAAUGGGGUACAGUCCCGAUGAGCCGCCUCCUACGUGCGCUGAUGAAUUUGAUGACUUCGUUGCAUACGAGGUGAGUGGGAACAUACCCAGCCCAUGGCUUUGGGUUGCUUUUGUUGGCUUAAGUCUGUCUCAUUUUGCUAUUUCAGAGAAUGUGAAUGAUGCUCUAAGAAGGACCUUAGCUUUGGUAGCUCCUCUAGAAUUUCCAUAACACAGUUGUCUUCCUUGGUGCAAGAAGAUCUCUCUUUCCGCCUUCACUUCUGAUAGCAAU